AUGACGCUGGAUGAGGGCCCAUGGGCCGAUCACCACAUUCAACUGGAUGCCCUGCUGCGGGAGUUAGAGGCGUCCAUAGAGGAUGAUACCCCGGGCGACACGGGGGCAUUGGCUGAAAGGGCUAGGAUGUUCGCCGCCCUGCCUUGGCGGAGACGGGCGCAGCCCGGGGAACCGCCAGAAGAGCUGCGCAGCCGCGUGCGGCAGGCGGUCCAGCAGCUACUUGUAGCCAAUGGCCGGAUCCUGGGCAGGAUGCAAGACCGCAUGCAAGACCGCGUGGGCGCACCGGAUAGGCAGAGCGCUGCGGCGGGCCAUGUCAGCAUCGCCAGCAUGCUGUUUACCGGCUGCAUUGACCUGGCGCCUGCCGACUGCGCCCGCGGCGUCCAGUUGCUGCUGGGUUCAGGCACCCUGGUGCUCAUGAGCACAGCCACAUUGGAACGGGAGGCCGGCGAUGCGCUGGCAGAUGACCUGCUGGCACUGGUGGAGGCGCAAGUGACGGCAAUGCUGCACGUGCUGGAGUGCUCUCGCAUGGAGCCGGACAACGGCGCAUCGCUGGAGAGCCUGGCCACCCAGCAUGCACCGCCUGGACAGCUGAUGGAUUGGGUGGAGGCCGUGGUGCAGGCGAUGCAGGCCCUCCUGGCGUCUGGGCCGGCAGGGCCGGUGCACAUGCGCAUUCUUGGGCCGAUGGCGCAUGUGCUGAGACACAUGGUGAAGUGCCCGCGCUUCUUUUCGCCUCAUCGUGAUGAGUGGCUGCGGCGCCUGGAUUUAAGCCACAGCCUGCUCAUGCUGCUACUGCCAGCGCUCUCGGCGACGGCAGCCGCAGUGCAGCUUCCAGAGGAGCGGCGGCCGCAGCGAGCCUGCUGGGAGCUGGCAGCCAGUUUGGCCAUUGUCGUCAGCUGUGGCGCUAUCAGGCACGCUCUUUUGGAGCUGCUGGCGGCGUCGGCUCAAGACAGCAGCAGCCCCGCGGCCACCAGCAUUGCGCGGCUGACACGCGCGGCGACGGCUCUCAUGCAGCACGUUCCGCUGGGCGACCCCACGCAGGCAGCAGUGGCCGGUGGGCCUCAAGCCGUGCCUGAUCAUCGCUUCUGGAUUGCCUUCAGCAUGUCCAAGCUGCUGGGGUUGUCAGCCUACCUGCAGUGGCAGCUGCUUGACCGGCAGCCUGCAACUGCCAGGCCGUCAGAUGCGGCGCAGCGGCACGCACACUUCCUACCGCUCUUCCCACGUCUGGGCCGCGUGCUGGGCAUGGCCAUUGGCGCUGCGAAGCAUAGUCCAGGGAACGCGUCCUGGAGCCUGGUGUCGGACAUGUUCGCGUUCGUGGACUAUCUUGCGCAGCUGCUGUGCAUCCUGGCCGAGCCCAGGUCCAACCCGCACGGCGCUUUGAAGGUUGAGUGCCCGCUAAUACGUGCGCCGCUGUCUCGCAGCACCCUGGACGCACUAGCGGCCUGGUGCAGCUGCGCAGCAGACGCCCUGCAGCUGCUGCCGCUGGUGGCGAAGGCGGAGGCGGAGGCGGAGGCGUCGCGCCUGAGGCUGGGGCCAGUGGCGGCAGAGGUGGACGCUCAGCUUUUGGACGUGCCGGACCAGCUUGCUGCACGCCUGGCCGGUCUCCCCUGUCUUGUUGUGCUGGCCUGCAAGGUCUUCUCGCAUCUCGGGGAGCCGGAUCACCCGACAGCUGUUGCGGCAGUCCUCGCUGAGGAUGGGCAGCGUGGGGAGGUGCUGCUAUCUUCGCUGCGCCGGCUGCACGCCUCCGGGUGUCGUUACGUGCACUGGCGCGCGGCUGACGGCGAUGCGCCGCUGCCCUGCUACAUGGCUAUGCUGGAGGUGGUGGCCCAGCCAGCAUCAGUCUGCUGCCAGCUGCAUGACAUUGUUGAGCGCUGCAGCGGCACCAGCACGGGCGACAUCAGCGGUGACAGCAGCGGCGGCACCGCUGCAGCGCUUGCGAUGGCACCUAGCAGGUGGCUGCAGGGCCUCUGUGCCGCCCAUGCGCAGGCCGUACAGGUGCUGCUGCCGCGCAUGCAUGGGACAGGCUUGAGCCAGGUACAGCAUUUGCAUGUGGCGUGCUGCCUGCUGGACGUGGUUGCUUGGGCGCCGGCAGCGCUGGCCACCAGCCGAGAGCUGCAACUCGGGCUGACCUAUGCCUUGGAGGCACUGGCGCCUCAGGCGGCCGCCCUCGUCCUUGGCAGCGGCAGCGGCGCUGCACGUGCGGCGACCACAGACUUGCUGGCGCACGCGGCAAAGGCCGAGAUUUGUGCGUCGGUUAACUACGUCCCCGACUCCAUCCUACUGACACUCCACUCGUUUGCGGCGGCCGCCAGACAGGCAAUUGCUGUUGUUUCCGCUGCCUCGUCUGCCGGCACUGCAGCGAGCACCGGCGAUGAGCUGAUGCUUGAGCUGGCGGCAGCGCAGAGGGAGCUGGAGGCGGUGAUUAACCCUGCUCCUAGCAGACACAGCAACGCUUUGGUUGCACUCUUGGAGCAAGCGAUCGCUGCAGCAGAUGGCUCGGUGCAGCAGCAGAAACAGGCGGCGCAGUCGCUGCAGCAGCACCUGCAACAGGUGCAGCUUCCGGCAGCGCAGCGGCUGGCGGUGGCGCUGCUGCGCUGGUGGCGGCGGCCGCAGCAGGAGGAGGCAGACCGGCUGGAGCUGGCGCAGGCGGCGGCCACCCGCAGCUGCGCCUACCUUGCCUGCGCCAACCUGGGCGCCGAGGGUGGCGCAGGGGCUGGGGAGGGCGUGGGAAGCAAGCGGUGCAGCGGGUGCCGGGCGGUGUGGUACUGCGGCACUGCCUGCUCCCAUGCCGACUGGCGGGCGGGGGGGCACCGCCGGGUGUGCAAGGCGCUGGAGGCGGCGCGGAAGGCGGCGCGGCAGCAGCUGCACGCUGCGAGGGCGUAG